AAUGUGCCAAAGAAUUGGACCAUACUAUUCAAUACUUAAAUGCUGCCUACAUCAAAGAAAUUCACCAACCAUAUAUAAAAACCAACAAAAAGCAACACCAAACAACUGCACAUGAAAUAAUGAUGCCAAAGUUGAUCAUCUGUGAAAUGACACCAAAGGCGACUAUCUAUAAAAUGGCAACACAAAAGACAACUACCUCAUCGACAAAUGACAACACCAACGAUGAUAUUAGCAAAAAGAAGACACCAAGAAACAAAGAUCCCAAAACUCCAGAGAAAGUGACCCUAUAA